AACGUAUUGAUUAUAGAUCGGAGCAGCAGGACAGCAGAUGUUGCAUAAGCUGCAGCUGAUCAGAGCGUUGGAGGGAAGCAGCAGGACCGCCUCUUCUUCUUCUUCUGCUCCUGUUGCUCUGCGGUCGUUGCCACGGCGAUGCCGGGCUCUCUGCCCCGCGUGGUGACGGUCCCGGCUCUGCUCAGCUCUCUGCCCCGCGGCGCCAACCCUCCCAGUCUGCCCAGCUUCCCCAGCAUCAGCCUGCCCAGGGUGGUUGCCAUGCCGACCGUGGCGGAGGCCCCUCGCCGGCUGCUGCAGGACUGCUGCUCCGUGUUGGACCACCAGGCCUCUGGCGGUGUGUGUGGCUGCUGCUGGGCGCUGCGUCCUCGCUACAAACGGCUGGUGGACAACAUUUUCCCUGAAGACCCAGAGGAUGGGCUGGUCAAGGCCAACAUGGAGAAGCUGACCUUCUUCGCUCUGUCGGCGCCGGAGAAGCUGGACAGGAUCGCUGCCUACCUGUCGGAGCGUCUGACCAGAGAGCUGAACCGCCACCGUUACGGGUAUGUGUGCAUCGCGCUGGAGGCCAUGGAGCAGCUGCUGCUGGCCUGCCACUGCCAGAGCAUCAACCUGCUGGUGGAGAGUUUCCUCGGGACGCUGCGGCUGCUGCUGGAGGCCGACAGGCCGCACCUGCACAUCCUGGCCACCGGCUCCUUUGUGAAGUUUGCGAACAUCGAGGAGGACACGCCUUCGUACCAUCGCAGCUACGACUUCUUCGUGUCUCGGUUCAGUGAAAUGUGUCACUCCGACCACGAAGACCCCGACACUCGGAUCAAGAUCCGCGUGUCGGGGAUCCGCGGCCUGCAGGGCGUGGUCAGGAAGACGGUGGACGACGAGCUGCAGGUCAACAUCUGGGAGCCGCGGCACAUGGAGCAGAUUGUCCCCGCCCUGCUGGUCAACCUGGAGCAGGGCAACAGCGACUCUCCUGCUGAGCAGACGGAGGUGUGCUUCAGAGAGCUGCUGGGCCGAGCCGCGUACGGACACAUCAACAACGCCAUCAGACCCGUUCUCAUGCACCUGGACAGCCGCAGCCUGUGGGAAGGAGGCAGCUUUGCUGUUCGCUGCUUCCAGAUCAUCAUGUUCUCCAUCCAGUCCCAGCACUCCCACCUGGUCAUCCAGCAGCUGCUGGGUCACCUGGACGCCAACAGCAGGAGUCCGGCGUCCGUCCGGGCCGGGAUCGUGGAGGUUCUGUCUGAGGCAGCUGUGAUCGAAGCCACUGGAUCCGUAGGUCCCACCGUGCUGGAGGUGUUCAACACGUUGCUGCGGCAACUCAGGCAGAGCGUCGACUACCAGCUGACUGGUUACUAUGACAACGCCGGAAAACACAAAACCACGUCGUUUCACGAGAAAACGCUGCAGGAUGCCGUCAUCAAAACCAUCGGAUCCUUUGCCAACACACUUCCUGUCUACCAGAGGUCAGAGGUCAUGCUGUUCAUCAUGGGGAAAAUUCCAGUCCCCGGCAUCUACCCGGCUCUGGGAUCUCCGAACACCGGGUUUGAAGGCAGCAGGAUGAUCCAGGUGAUGCUGCUGAAGUCUCUGCUGCAGGUUUCGGAGCGCUACGACAGCAGCAACCUGCUGACCGCGCUGCCCUCCUCCUUCCUGGAGCCGCUGCUGUCCUUCACCCUGAUGGACGACCCGGAGAUCCGCCUGCUGGUUCUGUCCAUCCUCACCUCGCUCAUCGACCGCCGUCACAACGCAGCCAGGAUCACCGCGGUCAGUGUGACGUUUGACGUGUCGGUUCUGGAGCAGAAGGAGGACAGAUGCUCCCGGCAGGACAACCUGUUCAUCAGGAAGCACGCCCAGCGGCUCUACAGACACGUCUUCCUGGCCUGUAAGGAGGAGUCCAACGGGCCGAGCCACUACCAGGCGCUCUUCAUCUUACUGGUUGUCCUCAGUGUGGAACUGGUCAGUGAGGAGGUUCUGGUGGACCUGAUCCGACUCAUCCUGGCUCUGCAGGAAAUGGGCGUGACCAAUCAGGAGAGUCUGUCUGUUUGGAACCGCUGCAGUCUUCACGCCGUCUGCGCCGCCGCCCUCCAUGUUCUGUCGCAGACCGGCCCGCCGCCGCCUCUCCAUCAGCACGUCACUCAGGUCAUAGAGAGUCGACAGAAGGGGGCGCCACACCUGCUGCCUGAAAGCGUCCUGUGUGACCAACCCAGGAUCCCAAACGGGGAUCUGAAGGUGGACAAAGAUCUCCUGUUUGUCCAGUCCAAGGUCUGCGAGGCGCUGACAGGAAGCAGCUACAGCACGCAGUGUGAACGGCUCAACACGCCUUACACUCCUCAGCUGACCGAUGAAGACCGUCUGUCCAGGAAGAUGAGUAUCGCAGACACCAUCUCCCUCCAGAUCGCCAUAGACCAGGAGGCCAGCGCUGAUCCUCAGAAACCUCAGACUGAGCAGAUCACCUUUGAGACGCUGAAGAACGCCAUUGAGGAUAGUGGAGGUGUGGAGGAGGAGGAGAGGAGGAAGAGGAUGGAGGUGGUGGAGAGGUUUCAGACGGCUCCUUUUGAGGAAAUAGCAGCUCUCUGUGGAUCCAGGACGUCGCUGCUUCAGUCCAAACUGGACCAGGUCUUUGACCUGAUCGUCCGUCCUCCUCCGUCUCCGUCAGGACAGCCGUCUCAGCGGUCCACGCCCGUCUAUGAGAUGAAGUUUCCUGAUCUGUGCGUGUAUUAGAGGCCCAGCUGGAUAAUAAUGAAGCAUUUUAUGUAGCGGUAAAAAAACGGAUCAUAAACAUGAUUCAUCUACAAGUAAUAAGUUUUUUCAGUGACUGUUUGGUUACUUUUAAAUGACAAAAACUUUCUUUGUUAAUUUAUUAAAACAAUAAGGUCUGAUUAAAAAUUCUCAUAUAGUUUAUUAAGACCAUGAAUUCACAGUAAAAACAUGUUUGAUGUUUUCACCGUCUCUUCCUUGCCAUUUUUUAAAAUUAAAACUUUUUCCUGACCUUGUUAUCUGCGUCUCUGUUUCUUAUAAAU